AUGAAUGGAAACGGUCAUUCGCAUGGCGCGGUAUCCUCGCCUUAUGCCAACAACAACACAAACGCGCACGAGCACACUCACGGUCUCGAACGAUCGACAUCAUCUGAUUCGGCGUAUACGUUGAAGCCGUUCUUGAACGCGAGAUCGAAGAAGACGCCGGUUGUUGACAAAUAUGGCUUCUCGCCGGUAUCGCCAAUACAAGAGUCGCCGGCUCAGACGCCCCACGCGCUUUCGGCCGCGACCUCAUCAUGGCUGGAACUACCCGAAGCCCUGACCGCAUUCCUCAUUCCCUUGCCGUACCUCUUCGCCUCAAUAGCAUAUCCAGCCGGCGUCAGGCGGAUGCCCAAGGUGCCAACAACGCUGUCAGAAGCCGUGGCGGGGGCAGCGCCCGCAUUGGAGACGAACAAGACACUUGGCGAUUCUCCGCUAUUACACUCGCUCGUUCUUUCCUCUGCGACGCUGUUGUUACCCCGCCCCCGCUUCCUACAGCUCGCUGGUCUAUCAUGA